AUGCUGAAAAUCGUGAGCCGGUAUCUAAAUAGGCUGCACUUUCUGCUGACCAUGUGGGCUCUGCUGCAGGUGACCCUCUGCCAGCCGUAUCAGUUGCCCCACCGCUGCUCCAACCGCCUGGAGAACGCUUUGGAGCACAUGAGACGUCGUAGUAUCCAGACCAAGAGCUCCUCCUAUUCGAGAGCCAUGUGGGAGCCACCGCCGCAGAGUCCCUACCAGCUGUACCACAGCUUCUAUGGGCAGCACAGCGAUCCGGAGGACGACUUCUACAACGUGGGCGGUGGUGGCUAUAAUUCGGGGCGUGGCUAUCAUGCCAAGCUGCUCCACCGGAGCGGACAGCCCUAUCCCUUCUCCGAUUCCAGUAGCUCCGGAGCUCUGGAGCUGGAGGAUCUGCUGGCGGUGAACCAGCAGAAUCAGCAGCACAGACAGCCCCACAAACUGGCCAUUUCCCGGGUGGAUGUGGAGGAUCUCAAGGUGCGAGUGCCGCCGGCCAAGUCGGCCAACCGCUGGGUGGAGAUCGACAAGUGCAAGUUCAGCACGGAGAACUCCACGCUGGACACGCGGCUGAUUUUUCCGGAUCUCACGCUGAGCGGCAAGGUGGUGAUGCAACCGAUGGGCGGCAAAUGCCACAUGAUCCUGCGACUCCGGCAUGCGGGCAUCGAGUUCCGAACGGUGCCACUGGGAUACGAGUCGGGAUCGGGGCAAUCCUCCGCGAACUAUGAGCAGUCCAGGCGAUUGGGAGCUGCCUCCGUGCGCACGGAUUCCCACUUCGCCGAGCCGGGAUUCAUAUCGGUGUUCGCCCACGGAUGCCAGGGACCCACUGGGAUUCGGUUGCGCCAGAACUCCAAGCGGCGGUUCGGCAGUGCUCCGGAUGUGGAACUGGGCGAACCGCAUGUGAUUCUGGGCAGCAAGAGGCCGCAGAGAUGGGGCAAGUUGCACUACACUCAGGAUUCUCAACCAGAUUCUCGGCCAGUUGGAUACGAUAUACGACGGGGUCAGAAUGGCAAUCCUCAGCGGGAUCGCAGCGUGGAGCUGGGCAACGAUAGCCAGGCCCAGGAUUCGGGUGAGUUCGUGGAUGUGAAUGGCGACAACUUCUACCGGCGGCAGUUUAGCAAAAAGCGGAGACGCCGCCGGCGGUUCGCCAAGGAGAACUUGGUUCCCGACCAGAUCAACUUCAGCGAGGAUGUGCUGCACUUCGAGGAUGAGCAGCUGCAGCAGCUGGUGGAGCCGGAUGCCCGUGCCUUUGCGGACAUCUUCAGUGGAGCAGCCAGCGGAGGAGCAAGUUCCAGCGGAGAUCGCGAGGAGCUGGUGGGCGAGGCCAUGUCCCACGAGCUGGAGAAGCUCUUCUCGAUGGGCGUGCGGGGUCUGCUGACCACCUACAUGCAGCGGGCCCUCCAGCCGGCCAUCAAGGAGACUCUGAUGGAGAACAUGGGCUACACCCUGAGCUACGGCUAA